AUGCAGCUCAAGCGCUCAAGUGCUCACCCAAGACUGCCUGUUGAGCUUGUGGUGCUGAUCCGCCGAGACAGAGAGUUUCGUCUCAGACAAGUCGUUCCCCUGCACCCGCUGCAGCUCGCGCUCCAGCGAAGUGUUACGCACCGAGCUGCGCCGGCGCACCGGCGGCAGCUGCUCCAGUCGGCUCCUGGCCCGCUUGCACGCCACCAACCCCACCAGCACCAGCGCCACAGGCACCGCCACGCCCGCCGCGAUCGCGACC